AUGCAAGGUCGAUCAUAUAUGGACUAUUUUACAAAACCAUUACAUUCUCCUCAACAAAUACAUAAACAUUCUUUGAUUUUAAUUAACAACCUGUUUGGAAAUACUCAUUCAGACUCAAAAAGUGCAACAAUAUCUCAUGAUACGAUUACAAAUCUUAGAUCAAAGAUUCUUACACUGUUAAAUACAACUUAUAAUCAUUAUACUGUUAUAUUUACACAUUCUUCAACGCAAUCGAUCAAAACAGCUCUUGAAACAUUCACUUUUAAUGAAACAUCGAAGUUACAACUGAUUUGCGAUGAAAAAUCCGAAUUACCAUAUUUAAGUCAAGUUAUUUCGAAUAAAAACAUCAAACGAGUAAUCAGAAAUGACGCCAAAAUCGAUUACACGCCGAUUAAGACCAAUGAUUUGGUUUUUAUUUCUCCAUUUAUAAAUGGAAGUUUAUUAACCAUAGACGAGAUUAAAACUAUUAUAAAAAGAUCCCAUGAGAUAGGAAACACAACAUUUGUUGGUAUAGAUGCCACACAUUUAAUUUCCAAUUACGAAAUCGAUCUUGAAAAAUUAAAUCCAGACUUUUUCAUCUUUGAUGUUCAAUCAUUCAUUGGAUAUCCAAGACUUGGUGUAUUAUUAGUUAAUAACGACCUUAUAACAUCAAAUUUACUGGAAAAACCUUAUUUCGGAGGCGGAAGUUUAGUUUACGCUUUAACUGAGUCUCCUCAUGAAAAACUGAAACUAUUUCCAUCAGAAAGGUUUGAAGAUGGAUCCCUUCCUUUCUUGACAACUGCUGCUGCAGACGAAAUGUUUUCUGCUGUAUCAGAAAUCAAUAAAUUUAGAGUUGAAAGAAUUUCAAAAAUUUCGGAAUACGCGAGAGAAAAACUCUCCAAAAUUAAUAACUGCAAAGUUUAUGGUAAAUCAGGAUCAAUUAUUUUGUUUGACGUGUUAGAUAGCAACAGAAAAGCUGUUGAUGCUCUUAAUUUUGCAAAAUUUGCAUAUAAUUCCAGCGUUGAUAUUUCUGUUUAUAAUAAUCAUUCGAUGGCUUCUUUUGGUUGGUUAUCCACUGAACAAGACAUUGAUAAAUUAGUAGAUGUUAUUAAUAAGUAUCUUAAUUAA